UUUGGCCACGUAAAUUGUACUGCUUAAAAUAAACAAACAUUAGAAAGAUAUCUUACAUUGUUUAUGUGUAAGUUAGUAUUAAUAAAAGCUUUGAAAUAUGGCUGAUCUGAAAGUGAGCGACAUGGUCAACAGCUUGGACCUGAGCACAACUGAAAAAGUGGAUGAAGGUCUGCUGCGCAUAGCAGAAAAAGAGGCUGAAAUUGAUGCGCGACUUGAGUCAGUGCUGUCCAAGCAAUGUCACAUUGAAGCAAGGCUUAGCAGCAUUGGGCGUGCUAUGGCCACAUUGGUAAUUGUUGAAAACGACUCCAAUAAGCUAAACCAGCAGAUAGUUAAUACAGCACAGCUGGCGGAAUCUGUAAGUGCAAAGGUGCGCCGGCUAGAUCUGGCACGUUGCCGGGCCUCCGAGUGUCAGCAGCGUGUGCAUGAUCUAAUUGAUCUACAGCUGUGUAGUCAGGGCGUUGUUAAGGCCAUAAGUGAUGAGGAUUAUGAGAAGGGCGCUGGACAUAUUGCACGGUUUCUGGCUAUGGAUCAGCAGCUGUUAAAGCGGACUGCGGAUGAUGUACAGGGAUCUAUAACAUCAGUCAGCGAUGCAGUAAAGACACUAGAAGAUGCCACAGAGAAGAUGAAGGAUUUAAUAUCAAAGCGUUUUGACGAAGCUGUGCAGAGCGAUGACUUGGCUUCUGUUGAACGCUUUUUCAAAAUAUUUCCAUUGGUUGGCUGCCAUCGCAUUGGAAUUGAGAAAUUUUGUGGCUACAUUUGUCAAAAGCUCUCAGCCAAGUCGCAAAAGGAGCUGCGCAAUACACAGGACAUUGCCAAAGCAGAGCGUCGCAUGCAUUUGGCCUAUGCAGAUCGCUUGACAGCAGUUUUGGAAAACUUUGCACGCGUCGUCGAGGUUAAUCAGCCUAUAAUUGAAGCUUUUUAUGGACAAGAAUCGAAUUCUUUGCUAGAUAUGGUCACUAUACUGCAGAGAGAGUGUGAUCUUGAAGUAAAGAAUUUGUUGCUAGAAUUCAACAAACAUCGACAAAUACAGUAUCGCAUCAAGCAAGUGAAUGAGAGUGCCCAGCGUUCAAGUGGUGCGGGCUCCAACAACAGCAGCAGCAUGCAGUCCUUGGGUCAUUAUCGCAAACCAUCUGGUGGCUCCAUAGACAAACUGAAUCCCAAGGAUAUUGAUGCUAUUAUAGCUGAAAUAACAGUUAUGCAUUCCAGAAUAGAGCUAUAUUUUCGAUUUAUGCGCCGUCGCUUGCAGGUGAACGCUGAAACAUGCUUACAGGAAGCUGAUGCACAAAAGAAAAUAUUAAAUGAAUAUGAGAAGAUUGUUAACCGCUGUGAUUUAAGUCGGCAAAUGCAAGAAAUACUCAGCACCUACUUGCUUUUCGAACGCUACUUUAUGGAGGAGAGCGUGCUUAAAGCCAUUGGCCUGGACACCUAUGAGGCAGGACAGCAGUGCUCUUCCAUUGUAGAUGAUGUGUUCUUUAUCUUGCGAAAAUCUAUACGUCGUGCUUUGACCACGCAGUCUAUAAAUGGCACUUGUGCUGUGAUUAAUAAUGUUGCUGCUUGUCUGGAUGGUGAUUUCGUCGCUGCUCUUAAAGCACCGUUAAAGAGUGGCUACCCCUCGGGCUAUAUAGAUCUGGCGCAGGCCUAUAAUGCAAUACAAACCAGCUUGCAACAAGGCAAACUUCAUUCAAGUGAUGCGGAUCGCGUGCGCGCAAACUUUAUAGUGCAACUGAAUAAUGCAGACAUGUCCACAGAGUACAUAGAGACACUAUGGCAAGCUAUGGAGCAAGAGAUAGCAGGCACUUUUCCGAGUAUGAGCGCCGUGGAGCGACAAUUGUUGGACAGCUGCUUGACAGAGCUGAAGAAUGUGCGCGAUGCGCUCAAGGCAACCGUUGAUUUUGGCAUACAACAGCUGAGAUCGAGUGCAAUACGACCACGACUCAAUCCUUGGGUAGAUGAGUUUUUAAAUUAUAGCCAUCAUUUGACAGAAGAGGAGCUGGCUACAUAUGAAGCUGGAGAAACAUUUGUGCAGUAUUUUAUAGUUCAACUAGACGGGCUCUUAAAUUCCUUUAAGAAUGCGCUUAGUCCGCGCAACUAUGAUGCCUUGGUUAGCAUAUUGGCCACGGAGGUGACAAAUCGUCUGGAACGUGCUAUUAAAAAGAGCACGUUUAAUAGGCUUGGUGGACUUGUUUUGGACCAAGAAGUUCGCGCCUUGGGCACAUAUCUUACAGGUGCUACCUCCUGGUCUGUACGUGAUAAAAUGACGCGGCUAUCGCAGAUUGCCACGCUAUUAAAUUUGGACAAAGUCGCUGAGUUAAAUGAGUAUUGGAAUCCAGAAAAUAAUAGCGAUAUGCCCUCUUGGCGUCUGACCUCCAAUGAAGCACGCACCAUUUUGACCUUAAGGAGUGAUUUCCGCAUGGAGGAUAUAAAACGCUUGCAGCUUUAGGCCUUAACUUAUUCCAAAUUUGAAAACGAUGUGUGUUUGCCAUUC